UCGCUAUGUGCCUGUCCAUUGGUUAAGCUCAACUCGCUGUUCACUUUGUUUGUGUUCUUGUUGUGAAUCGCCGGCGGACGAACUUCAUCUGUUUGCGGGGAAAAAAGGAUUUAGAACCCAAAAUGAGCGAUGAAGGUGAAAGUAAAUCAGAGCAGGCGGAGAAACCUGAAACGGAGGAAUUAGUCGAGGAAAAUAAGGACCAAGUUGAAGAGGAGGAAACAGCAGUGGCGAUCCCCGGCAGCAUUUCAACCCCAGAAGUUGAUAACAAGCCCGCGGAAGGUGAAACUCAAUCGGUUAGUGAACCAGCCAAAACGGAGGAAAAACCAUCGCAAGACUUUGCUGCCUACGAGGAGCACAUGACGUAUGCAGCGGAUGGUGGGGCCAUCUAUACGGAUCCCAGCACCAAGCAGAAAUACAAGUGGUGCACCACCCAGAACAAUUGGAUACCCCUGAGCGCCGAUGAAGCAGCCAGUGCUGGGGAUCUCUACGAGAACGAGCACUACAAAUGGUGCCUCAAAACCCAACAGUGGUUGCCCAAGAAACAGGAAACCGAAACGGAGCAUUACAAGUGGGAUGAUGAGCAGAAAAAGUGGAUACCCAAGCAACCGAAUCCCGGCCAGGAAGGGGUUUAUGGAGUGGAUGAGCAGGGCGAGCGUACUUAUACGGACAAAGAUGGAGCCGAGUUCUUCUGGGACGCCGCCAAGAGUGCCUGGUUCCCCAAGAUCGAUGAUGACUUCAUGGCCCGCUACCAAAUGAACUACGGGUUCAUUGACAAUACUUCGGCGGGCGAGAAGGAGAAGGCUGAAAAAGAGGCGGCUGAGGAGAAGAGAAAGGAGGAGGAGCUCAAGCGGAUGACGGCUGAGGCAGAGGCAGCCAUGGCCAAGGAUACAGCGGCAUCUACAGCAGCUCCCACUGGCAAGCGGAAGGUCCAGGAGCCACCAAAAUGGUUCGAAAUGGAUCCCUCCCAGAACACAAAGGUGUAUGUGUCCAACUUGCCGCUGGACAUUACCAUGGAUGAGUUUGCCGAUCUGAUGGGCAAGUGUGGCAUGGUGAUGAGAGAUCCGCAGACCCAGAAGUUCAAACUGAAACUGUACGCCGAAAAAGAUGGUCAGAUCAAGGGCGAUGGCCUUUGUGAUUAUAUCAAGGUUGAAAGUGUCAAUCUGGCGCUAAAAAUUCUGGACGAGUAUAACUUGCGCGGCCAUAAGAUUCGCGUCCAGAGAGCUCAGUUUCAAAUGCGAGGGGAAUACAAUCCCGCCCUAAAGCCCAAGCGAAAGAAAAAGGACAAGGAAAAAUUGCAAAAGAUGAAGGAAAAAUUAUUCGAUUGGCGUCCGGAUAAAAUGCGUGGCGAGCGCUCAAAGAAUGAGAAAACGGUCAUCAUUAAAAACCUUUUCGCCCCAGAACUCUUUGAGAAGGAGGUGGAACUCAUCUUGGAGUACCAAAACAAUCUGCGUGAGGAAUGCAGCAAGUGCGGGAUGGUCCGCAAAGUGGUCAUCUAUGACCGACAUCCUGAAGGCGUUGCCCAGAUCAACAUGUCCUCGCCGGAGGAAGCCGACCUGGUCAUACAAAUGAUGCAGGGACGCUAUUUUGGACAGCGACAGUUAAGUGCCGAGUCCUGGGAUGGCAAGACCAAAUACAAAAUUGAUGAAUCAGCUGUGGAGGCACACGAACGGCUCUCCAAAUGGGAUGAGUUCUUGGCAGAAGAAGAAGCCGAUAGGAAAGCAGGAGAGGAUGAAAAAGAGGAUGAUAACUCGCCGGACAACCAGCUGUUGCCCGGGGAUGCCACCCCUUAGUUUUAAUUUACCUGCGAUCGUUUUCACGCGGUUCCAGGAUCUCCAGGACCACCUCGUUGGCCUGCUCAUUCGGAUAGGUGGCGUUCCAGCGGUUGUAGAUCCUGUAGCG